UAACUGACAACUUUGGAAAUACAAUAUGUUCAGAAUAAUUUUGCUCAUACUGAUUUUUCAGAAGUGUUUAUUAUCAACUGAUUUUGUAAGAAGACAACAUGUGUACCAAGCAAUCUGUUUUUAUCCUAAAGAUGAAGGUUAUGGUAAUGACACAAUGGAAAAAUUUUACUAUCAUGCAGUUUACGGACGAUGUAUGAGGUUCACCUACCGUGGAGCUGGAGGAAACGAUAACAAUUUUGAUGCAGAAGACGUUUGUGAAAAAAUGUGUAAAUCAAGUGGCACAUUCGAUAGAAGCGACUGCCAACAACCUCACCACCAAAAAUCUUGCUUUGAUUAUUUUCAACACCACUACUUUGAUUCAAAUUCGGAACAUGUAAACCCUAUGGAUUGAACGCAUGUGGCAAAACUAAAAAUGACUUCAAGAGUUUCAACGAAUGCGCAGCAAAAUGCGGGGAACCUCGAUUAUCUGUCAAAAAAUCUACCACAACAUCAACUACGACGA